CUUCCGUUGGUCGGUUUCCAUAGAGACCAUCUAUAGUUGGGGCGAAUGAGCAGCUUGCUACAGCGACAGGGGAGAAACGAGAGCAUCAUCUGCUGUGAAGGAGCUGGCAGGUCAAAAUGUCAUUUAGAGACUUAAGAAAUUUCACAGAAAUGAUGAGGGCCCUGGGCUAUCCCCGGUUGAUAUCCAUGGAAAACUUCAGAUCUCCAAAUUUCACUUUAGUUGCUGAAAUACUAAUAUGGCUUGUAAAGAGAUAUGAGCCUCAGAUGGAUAUUCCUACUGAUGUAGAUACAGAGUCAGACAGAAUAUUCUUCAUCAAGGCUGUGGCCCAGUUUAUGGCAACCAAGGCUCACAUCAAGUUGAACACCAAACGCCUCUAUCAGGCAGAUGGCUACGCAGUGAAAGAGAUGCUGAAGAUCACCUCAGUGCUGUACAGCGCUAUGAAGACCAAACAGAUGGCCCUGGGAGAGCAAACCGAGGAGGAGAACAGCAAAUUCAAGUUCGACUUAGGCUCACGGGUAAGAUUUACUCUUCUUUUAUGUUAA